AAUACGUUGCUCGUCUUCUUUGGCGGUCUAGUUUGGUUGGGGAAGGAAUUGCAGGGAAACACCGAGUCCUCUCCGAUUGAGAAGGGAAAUUCAAUAUCAUUCUCUGCAAUCUGUCGUCUUUAAAGCUGCCAUGGACGCUCGGCACGCAUCCCUCGGUCGAAGAACGUUGGAAGAGAUUCGUCAGAAGAGAGCAGCCGAAAGAUUGAGCAAAACUUCUUCGGGACCAGAUCUGAGCAAAGCUUCUGUUCCCACUGAUAUUGUUGGGAUGAAAAAAUCAGAGAGCGCAAAUCGACUCAUGGAGACCGACGUCAGUGGUUUGGUAUCUCAGCUACAAGACCUACAGAAGAAGAACGUGGAAUUAGAGGAAGAGAACAAGACGUUGACUUCAAGGCUUCAAACAAGGGAAGCUGAGAAUGACAUGCUACAGAAGCGUGUGACUGAUCUGGAACAAAACACUGUACCAUCUCUGAGAAAAGCUCUAAAGGAUGUGGCGAUGGAGAAAGAUGCAGCAGUUGUUGCGCGGGAGGACCUUUCUGCCCAGCUUCGCAUGCUCAAGAAACGGUUAAAGGAUGCAGAGGAAGAACAAUAUCGAGCUGAGGAAGAUGCUUCAGCCUUGAGAGCAGAGCUGAACUCAAUACAGCAACAAGCAAUUAAUCCACUUGGUGGAAUCAGCUCUAUUGGAAAUUCCCCAGAUAUACAAACCUUAGAAAAGGAGUUAGCUAGCUUAAAAACUGAGUUCCAGCAAGUCUCAAUAUUGAGGCAGCAAGAGCAACAACGAUUAGCCGAGGAGCAAGCCCGAACUUUAGCUCUCUUAGUUGAAAAGCAGGAGAUGGAAGAGAAAUUGACAGCUUUAUCUAGAAGGGCCUCGGAAGAAAGCUCAGAAAAAGCAGCUCAGAAGGAGCUUUCACUGGAAGACAAGGAGAAACUUGAGAAGCAGCUGCAUGAUAUGGCUGUAGUGGUUGAGAGAUUGGAGAGUAGUAGACAGAAGCUUCUGGUCGAGAUUGAUUCCCAAUCUUCAGAGAUAGAGCGGCUGUUUGAGGAAAAUUCUAAUCUCUCGAGUUCUUAUCAAGAGGCAAUGGGCAUAGCAGUGCACUGGGAGAAUCAGGUGAAAGACUGUCUCAAGCAAAAUGAAGAUCUCCGUGGAACUCUAGAUAAGUUGAGAACAGAACAGACUAAGGGCUUGCCUGGAUCUUAUAAAGAUGGGGUGAACGAGACUGGUCCAGCACCUACUACUACUGAAGUUCUCUCUCUCAAGGUCCAACUUGCACACGAACAGAGCAAAGCAGAAGCACUGUCGGCGGAGGUUAUGCAGCUCUCAGCCCGACUUCAACAACUCUCGCAAGCUUAUAAUGGUCUUGCAAGCCUCUAUAAACCAGUACUCCGGAACAUUGAAAGCAGUCUCAUCAAAAUGAAGCAAGAUGGUUCUGUGACCGUGCGGUGACGGCCAGAUAGUGAGCACUCAUGUGGUGAUUUUUUUCAUGAGCUCAUCAAACAAGAGCAUCCAUGUGUAAAGGGUUUUAAAUUUGUGUUUGGCAUUUUUCUUUUUUCCUUUAGAAACAAAAAAUGAGAGAUGGCAUGGCUUUCCAGAGGGAUAUGCAUACUUGUGAGAAAUUUUGUAUUACAAAUUUGCAAUUCAUAUUUUUUGAAAAAGAAAAAAUGUAUUGGUAGAAACCACGAUUACUGGCAGAAA